AUGUCUGGCGAACAAGCGAACCCAGUCGUGAAGCUAUCACUGCCACUUCAAUAUCAGCAAGAUUUGUUCUCAGAACUCAGAGCCGAGGAUGAACUAGUAAUUCUUGCAAGGGGCCUUGGCCUGCUGCGUGUCGUGACGAAUCUAUUACAUUCAUAUGAUGCAGCCGGCAAUAACCUAAUCAUAGUGGUGGGUGCUGGUAGUCGAGAAAAUGAAUGGAUUGGGGAAGCUCUCGCCGAACAAUAUGCGGUCAGCAGAACUCCCCUGGCCAGAGGCCUUAAGGUGAUCAAUACCGAUAGAGCUACUGUUCCUCUGAGGCAAAAAAUGUACGCCCAAGGCGGUAUCCUGAGUGUCACAUCGCGGAUAUUGGUUGUCGAUUUGUUAUCCAAGUUACUUGAUCCUGAAACCAUUACUGGCUUGAUUGUUCUCCAUGCUGAAAAAAUCGUUGCCACCUCGUUGGAAGCAUUUAUUAUCCGUAUAUAUCGGCAAUUCAACAAAGUGGGCUUUUUAAAAGCUUUCUCUGACUCUCCGGAACCUUUCACAAUCGGCUUCAGCCCUCUAGCAAACAUAAUGCGGAAUCUAUUUCUUCGGAAGCCGUCCCUCUGGCCAAGGUUCCAGGUUACAGUAGCAGAGUCCUUGGAAGGCCGGAAGAAAGCUGAAGUCAUCGAGCUAGAAAUACCGAUGACAGACAAAAUGCGAGAUAUCCAAAACGCGGUCCUAGAAUGUGUCGAAGCGAACAUUCGAGAGCUCAAAAAGGCAAAUUCCGGCCUCGACAUUGAGGACUGGACGGUGGAUAGUGCCUUACAUCAAGAUUUUGAUGUGGCUAUCCGGCGGCAGUUGGAACAUAUGUGGCAUCGUGUAACCUCUAGAACAAAACAAAUAGUUAGUGAUUUAGCUGUCCUGAGGUCGAUACUCCACUCAUUACUGACGUACGAUUCAGUCUCUUUUAUCAAAUACCUUGACACGAUCAUUGCUAUGCACUCGCCACCGCCGGGAUCAACAAGGCAGAACUACUCCCCUUGGCUGUUUCUUGAUGCAGCUCAUGUUCUAUUUCAAACUGCAAAGUCUAGAGUUUAUCGCGGCAAAAUUAGCAACCAGGAGUUUAUAUCUGACACUGCCUCUUUACCAACAGCCCUGGAGCCAGUACUUGAAGAACAGCCAAAAUGGUCAGUUCUUGCGGAUGUUCUAGACGAAAUUGAAAGGAGUACAUAUCCCAACCCUGUUGCCCCGGGUGGCUCCAAUGGAACUAUAUUGAUCAUGUGUAGCGACGGGAAAACCUGCUACCAAAUCAGAGAAUAUUUAGAAACAAUGCGCAUCAAAGUUGAAACGCCCAAUGACGAGACGAAUGAUGAGGUAGAAGUAGAUGACAACAAGCCUUCAGGGGAGUUUAUGCUUCGGAGAAAACUCCGGAGCUAUUUAAAUUGGAAACGCAUUUCGUCAAAAAUUAACAGCAAUAUGUAUGAUACUAAAUCAAAACAGGAGCCAGGCACGGCGCCAAGGUAUAAUUCCGUGGGUUCAGCCACCCGCUAUCAAGGAAGAGCGCCACCGAACAAGAGACGACGUGUUCGCGGAGGCGGAGGCUCAGGUCUGGCACCAGUCAGAAGUGCAAGCAACAGUGUCCAGCCCGAUACGAUGGCGUCAGCACAGGUAUCAACGCUUCUAGAGGAAAUCAAACUUGCUGAGCCGCAAGAUGAAGCUAUCGGGGUUGAGAUCGUGGAUGACGACCAGAAAGAUACGGAAGAUUUCUAUCAACUCUAUGAUAUGAACGAUCUCCUCAUGGUAUACUCUUACCAGGGAGACGUGGACGACCAUGUCCUUGAAGAAGUCAAGCCACGAUAUAUAAUCAUGUACGAACCGGACGCAGCUUUCAUUCGUAGGGUAGAGGUCUACCGAAGUUCUCACACAGACCGGGAAGUCAGGGUUUACUUUUUAUAUUAUGGAGGUUCGGUUGAAGAGCAGCGAUAUUUAAGUGCGGUCCGCAGGGAAAAAGACGCAUUCACAAAACUAAUCAAAGAAAAAGGGUCCAUGGCCCUGACGAUAACCCAUGACAGAAGCACAGAAGAUCCUCAGGAGCAAUUCCUCCGAACAGUAAAUACCCGCAUAGCAGGUGGGGGCCGACUCGCCGCAACGGCAGCCCCGCCUACCGUUGUUGUGGAUGUACGCGAAUUUCGCAGCGCUCUCCCUUGCUUUCUCCAUGGGCGAAGCAUGAUUGUAGUUCCCUGCCAAUUGACAGUUGGAGACUACAUCUUAACCCCUGACAUCUGUGUCGAGCGCAAAUCGAUCCGUGACCUGUUCAGCUCGCUGAGAAACGGCCGGUUGUAUAAUCAGGCUGAGACAAUGCUGCAACAUUACAAAACCCCAGUCCUACUAAUUGAAUUUGACCAGAACAAAUCCUUUACCUUCGACGCAUUCACCUCCGCGACAAACACGCAUAGCUCAGAAAGCCUAUCCAGUAACUUGAUAAACCCCACAAAUCCGAAAUCUGUCCAGCACCUCCUCACACUACUCACACUCGCCUUCCCGCGGUUAAAAAUCAUCUGGUCCUCCGCCCCUUAUCAAACGGCAGAAAUAUUCGAAGAGCUGAAAAAGAACAACCCUGAACCAGAUCCCAUCCGUGCCGUCCAAAUCGGGCUAGAUUUUGAUAUCACAUCCCCUGCUAUGGCCGCUGCAGCAACGGGUGCUAGCAACAGCAUCAUGACAGCGGCGGGCAUCGAGCAUCGAACCUUCAACCAGCUGCCGCAGGAUAUGUUACGAGCUAUUCCCGGCGUGACGCCCCAGAUAGCGGAGCGGCUGAUUUUAGAGACGGAGAAUUUGCAGCAGAUCGCGAAUAUGGAGAUGGAGGAGCUGGAGCCGUUGGUUGGGAAAGAGGUUGGGAGGCAGAUAUUGCGGUUCUUUCGGAGGAAUCUUUUUGAUGAAGAGAUCGUCGAUUGAAUAAAUGGGCGAGGAUUCUUUGGUUCGACUACGAUGCGAUCGACUUAUCGAUCGUGAGAAGGCCGAAUGUAGUCUACUUUUGGUGGGAGUAGGAGGGAUCUGUGUGUUGGUGCUUGGUUACUUUGUAUCCGUGGAAGUGUAUUGUAGUGAUACCCUUAUUGGAAAUUUGACGAACCUGGCCAUGAAUGGCUUUUUAAGUGUAAUUUCCCCCCCAGUUAUGAUACCUUGGUUCUACGAACAUACGAAUGAAAUAUCAAUUACAUAGAGCUUCAUUUUUAGUUUUCAGUUCAUCUAUGUGCCACGCUUUCAAACUGCCAAAUUUGAAUCGUCGUAAAAGCCACUACAAGGGGGAGAAAAAACAAAAGUAGGGCAAGAAAUGCAAGCCAAUAGAAGGAUAGGAAAACAAAAAAAAAGAGGCAGGAACAAAAAAAUGUCGAUAAAGAGGCACUCUAAUAACUAAAGCCGAAGUUUUUAGUAAUCGUCAGGUUGGAAAUGGAUGCAAAAACAAAGCCCGUCCAAUCGUAAACUGCGUUCAAGAGGGGGAGCAAGAUUGGGAGAGAAGGGGAAACUAUCGGAUCGAUCCACGGUUGACAAUACCCAAACUCGUCGCGACUGACGGCCCAUCCGACGACCGGCCAAAACCCUGCUUUAUAGGUAGAUGGAUCCUAAGAUAGUCGAUAGCAAUAUAUGACCGGAAUUUCUUGAGUUGAGGAUGUCCUGUUUCUAUCCCCGUGAGAAGAGAGGCAGCUGAGUGUCGAUGCUUGCCUGCAAGUUAACGGUGGUGGUGCAGUUACUUGAACAUGGCGGUGGUUGGAACAGAAGUCCUCUACAACGCAACACCAAGGGAUAGAGAGAAUCACCGGCCUUGCGAUUGCUGAAGCCAAAUACGUGCAUAUAGAGGGGCUUUCGACCUCGUCGGAUCGGGGUAAAUUUUUGGGGAGAUAUCAGAUCUCAUCAACGUCGAUGUCCUUGUCGUCCUC